AUGACCAGCCAUGCAAACCGUGUCUGUCGGCGCUGCAGGUCCCACAAGCGUAAAUGCGACAAGUUGCUUCCCGUCUGCUCAUUGUGCAAAAGACUGAACCGUGUCUGCUGCUAUACGGAACCGAACGGAAUAGCGGGAUCCAGAGACGCUCCGGAGAAUGUAUCCUCAAUUUCGCUACCGGUGCCUGAUCUAGUGCAGCUCACGUCAGCCAACAUAUCUCACACCAUCCGGAUACAAGUCUUCACCAUCAUUGGGGACGAAAGUAGGAUUCGAGCGGCAGCCGCGGUAUAUUUUCGGACAAUCCAUCCUUGGUUCCCCAUAUUAGCUGAAGCACCAUUUAAAAAACGUCUGUCUCACAUCCUCACUCAUACGAGUCCGGAGCUUGGUUUGCUCACGCUAUGCAUGGUUCUUCUGGCGGCCAAGCCAGUCGAUGAUGAGAUACCACCCCGAAUGCGCUCGCUAUACAUACUAGUGAAGGGCUUCAUUGCAUCAUUAGAGGCUACUGAGAUCAAUUCAUUGGAGUUGCUGCAGUGUAGACUACUACUCACUAUCUACGAAGUGGGCCACGGUAUGUACCCCGCCGCAUAUAUCUCCAUGGGUGCAAAUGUUCGGGCAGCAGUGGCCCUGGGGGCGAAUGGGGUAUCGAAAACCCAGCUAGAAGAAACGUUCAGGUCCUCAGAAAGAGCGGACGAGGCUCGACGUACAUGGCGUGGCAUUAUCAUAACUGAUCGGUUUGUCCUGUCUUCUUCCGUUUGCACCGACUCCGAAGCGUUCGACCUGACUUUAACGCCAUCGAAGCAUCUGUAUCACUUCAAUAAAUUGGCUCAAGCUUCACGUAUACUAGAGCAAGUGCUCACCCACGUCCAUGAACCAGUUCAACACAUGGAGUUCUUCAAUGCCGAAGCUAUUCAGAUUUUAAAGACACUGAGCUCGUUCAGAGGAACUGUACAAGAUGAUAACAUCGUCCCACAUAGUCUGUGCUGCAGCGCAGUUGCCAUAUCCCGGAGCGCCUUGAUGACUAUCCUAGAGUUUGGGUGCAACUUUAUGGCUCCACGACCCGAGCCAUGUGCCGCUUUAUCGUACGAACUUCUGCAAGAUAUGAUUGCGGAACUUGUUAACGCGUCGGAGAGCUUCGCUGCACAAGUCACACCGGCUGACUUAGAGGGGCUGCCUGUAUUUGUGGUACAUUCUGUCUACAAGGCAGCUCAGCUAUUACUGGGCCUGCUAAGGGAUAGCUCAAAGAUUGAUUCCAGGAGAGCCGUAAGCGUCUUAGAAAGAGUGCUUCACCGUAUGGGCACGCGAUGGAUGGCUGGGAAACGGUACCUUGAUGACCUUAAGAGACAGGUGGUCGCUAGCUGA